GGCCGCGCAUACCUAUAUAGCCCAUAUAAGGGAGUACCCCCCCCCCUCCACCACCCCGGGAUUCAGAUAUAUCGUUUUGAUUACUGGUGAUACUGAGUCGUUGAUUUUCAGCGAUUUCUCCGACAUCAGCGAAGGUUUCAGCCCAUUUCUGAGCAUUUAAAUGACUGACACAUUUAAAUGACCUUUGCUUGCAAAAAUUAAUUCUAGAGUUAAUUAUGAAACUGGAUGAUACAAAGUUGUAUCGUAGUUACAGAUCAGAUACAUCCCAACUAUUCAAACUAACCAUCAAAGUAGGACUUCGAGUUAUGAUCUCGAGGCAAGACUGUUUUAUUUUCUUUGUAUGUGAAAACAGAGUGAAACUGUGACGUUUUUUGCUAUGAUAUUCAUGCAAUGUUUAAAUUAUCAUAUAUUUUAAAUUAAUAAACACAGUAUUCCCCUAACCAUCAAAUGAAAUCUAAUACGAGCAAGCAAACCGGAACAAGAAUGAAAGUUAACCAAUGCAAACAAGCUGGAACGAAAGCUAUUUAACCGGCUCUCUGCUAGAGAUUCUGACUCUGGAGAGAUCCUGACUAAUUAUCUAACUGAAAUUCAACUGGCUGAAAUCCUGACUUAGGAGUAUUGUGCUUGAUAAUGCCAUCCAGUGCUUGUUUGAAAUAACCAAUUGGACUUUUCGUAAAGGGAUGCAACGUUUAUUUGAGAUAAACUACGUGUCAUGGAAGGAUUUCGAGUCAGGGUCAUCAUUUACAUUGGAUCUCGACUGAGUCAACUGUCAUCACUGGAUGAGUGAGUCUGUACAUGGUAGUAAGUCGUGUAUCAUUGUCACGCCAAUCAGAUUGGGGUGACUGUACGGCCGUGUGACCCGGCAUUGCCGCUUGUGAGAGUAAAUCGCGUGUGAGAAGACUUCAUAGUAUACCGAUUUUAGAACUGCAUGCGUUGUUCCUCUAUAAACAAGAGCAGGUGUUCAUGAAUUGGGCUUAUGUCGACAUGUUUCGGCAGCUUUUUGUACCCAGUGGGGGACUCGAAUAUAAAAAGGACGGGGGUGCUCGACGGAAACUUUGAAAAGAACCCCUAGGAGGUACCAAGAUCCUGUUUUGUGGGCGUGGCUUAAAAUUUUUUCUCCUCGUAGAGGUACUAGUCCUUACCUGACCCAUUAUCUCCUGUCAUAUUUUUUCGGCUCAGUAUCCUAAAAGAGCUAAAAGGGACCACAAAAGUUCCCGCGGUGCCAAAACCGCUUUUUAACCCCUUGAAAGUACGACGAGCACGGAGUCCCCUCCGGGCUUUUUACCCUCGCGGAGUUUCUGCAAAGCACACUUACUGUGUGGAUACCACUACACUGCAUGCGAAUUAAUGAAUCUUUGUUCCUGAUAUAAGAACCAGUUUUUCAUUUUACAAUAACAUGUAUUUGUAGUUUAUCUAAACGGUCACUUCUAAAGAUGUAUGUUAACGCACACGAAACGUCAAGUUAAUCGACUUUUUUUAUACGACAUGCGUUGUUUUCUCAUGUUUGUCACCACAGUUCCGCAAUGUACCAUUUACUCCUAAUAAACUACCCUAAUUACUCUUACCACGGACUUUUCCUAUGGGCCGCUUUUUUCCGAUAGCCUGUUUUAAGUUAGCUUCGGAGCAACACGAUGAACGUCGAAUAUUGAAAAACAGAACGAUUAUUCCUAAAAUAGUAAGGAAUGUGCGAGAUCUGGGCACGAGACUAUCGAAAGACCCUGGGAAUGAGCCGCCAUCUUAGAUUUCAAAGCGUUGAUAUUCCGCGCGAAAGACAAAAUUACUCAUUUCAGAAAUUUCCCUAUAUUCCACAAUGUCUGGCUCUCAGUUACCAAUGAUAUUUCAGACUGCGGAUCUGGUCUUCGAAGACCGCGUAUCAGCGUAUAAAAAUGAUAUUUUAGGCUUAUGCAAGCCGCAUGAAGUGUCGGAGAGGAUAGCGAAAUACAUUGCUCAAAACGUUGAAGCGAGUGGUUGGCAAGCGGUGUGGAGAAGUACUCCAAAAUCUAGUGGACAGCAGCAGCCUUUUGACGUGGUAGUAGAGGUGUCAAAUGUGAAUGCCAGCAAGUUGACAGCUGAAAUCAGCAUUUGUGAACCAGUCGUUACAGAUUGUCUCAGCUUGUUAGAUGCUGAAAGAGUCAAUGCACACUUGUUUAGUCAUGGCAGCCAUGUUCCUCUGGUUGAGCUUUACCCAGUGUAUGAUGAAUCUGGACAACAAGAUGAAACUGCGUUAGCAAUUGAACAUGUUAGGUUUUUUUACGAGAACAUUUGGAGAGAGUGGGAUGAGGAUGAUGAUGGGGAAUAUUGCUAUGCCGCUCGACAUUUAGACACCAGGAUUCAACUCUACUAUGACAUACAAAAUGGAAGCCUUCCUAAAGACCUUGUUAACAACUAUAAAGAUACCUAUGAACAGUACAAACAGAAGCUGGCAGAACUCAAACAGCUCCAAGAAAAAAUGGGAGGUAGUGAUCUUGGUGAAGAGCUGGACGAAAUGGAUGUACUCAGAUGUGCGCAGAUGUCUGAGAUGUGUGAAUCAUUGGUACACUCACUGCAGAUCAUUGAGAAUCCUCAAAUGAGGUAUCUUCUGGCUACUGUGUCGCCGAAAAUGACCAGACAGGGACCACGUGGUAACAGACCUGAAGGCGAUGAACCUGUCACUUAUAUUGUUGCUCCAAAGCUACGAGCUGGCAUGCUCAAGACUUUUCAAGACAACACAGUGGUUGAACAUUUGCCUUGCUUGGGAAAAGCGCUGCGUACCUAUUAUAAUGGAGAUACUAUUGUUGUUUACCCUGGAAGGUAUAACCUUGAUGGUCGUGUCUACCAACUUGCAGAUUCUGUUCAUAUUACUGGAAUGGGAAACUUUUCUGAAAUUGUUGUAUUUUGUAGUGAUAAUGAUGAAUUCACAAUGGAAUUCUGUGCAAGUAAUAUCAGCAUCAAGAACAUUACCUUUGAGCAAGAAGGAAAUGAUAGUGAGGGAAUUGUAGUUGUCAAGAAUGGCCGAGUCACUUUUGAUGACUGUGAUAUGAGAUGUGAGACUAAUGGUGUGUCUGUGGAAAGCAAUGGAGAGCUUGUUAUGAGACAGUGCAAGGUGCAUGGUGCUAAGUCGGCAGGAAUCACUGUUUCCUCUGGUGCAACACUUCAUUUAGAGAACACCAAACUGUUUGACAAUGGUGAAUUUGGCAAAAAUUCUGAUCUGUCUGAAGGAUUGGCCACUGGAGCCAUUCUGCUGGAGGCAAAGUCAGAUUGUAAGAAGACAAAAGCUAUUCUGUCAGAUAAUUACAUUACAAACAAUCAUUGCUAUGGUAUCUGUGUCAAGAAAGAUAAUGACAUAUUCACUGCCAGUGAUGACCCUGAGUAUGGCGUUGAGUUAGAAAUGACAAACAAUGUGUUUGAGGAAAACAUGUAUGGUGACAUUGGUCAUUUUCUUGUGGAUACAGAUUAGCCUCAGCUGAAAAUAAUGUUUAGUUCUCCAGUGCACUUGCACAGCCUUGCCUUAACUUUCAAUGAAAACUACAAUAUGAUGUCUAGAGUGAGUGCUAGACAGGAUAUGAAAAUUCAAAAGCUGCACAAAAUAAAGUGUAAAAAAAGAAGUAACCUUGUACAGUCAGGAAAGCCUUUCUGGAAUGUUACUAUUAACAGUUAUGAUAAUAUAUGUAUUACACAUCUGCAGAUGCUAUGUAAAGGAGAAUGAAUAGUAGAUGAAUUAGAUUAUGUCAAAUUAGGACAGACUGCCAAGUCAAAGAAUUAAACAGUUCUUUAACUGAAGCUUCAUAUUGACUUGCUAUAAGUCGACUUCUUUACAGUCGACAACAAAAAUUAGAAAGGGGACUUUGUGAAAGUCCAUCUUAAAUAAAGCAGAGUAUUUGCCAACAGAUAGCAGACUUUGAUAAAUCAAAAAUUUCAACAGAGUAGCUACAGUAACACAUGUACAACAGUGCAUUAUUGGAUAAUUUCCAAAAGAUAAAUAAAAAUUAUUGUCAAGUUAAUAAAUUGCAGUGAAAGACUUUUAGAAUUUUAGUAGUGUUCUCAAAAUAAUUAAUGUUGAUAAUGUGUUAUUCAGUUCCAGCAAUGGCCAUCCUGCACCCCCUGGGCAUUAGUUAGGCAUUUGCUAAGGCUUUAUUCCCUAGGGGUGGAGCAUUUCAAAUUUCAUCACUGCCCUAGUGUCUUGUCCCAUGGGUAGAUAAAUGCCAGACACUUGGCCAGUGACAAAAUUUCA